AGGUUUUCACUUUUCACCAUCACGUUGUUCUUUCUUCUUCUCCUAUGGAUUUCGAAUCCAAAUACGAGGUUUCGCGCGUGGCCACCUUCAUUCGCAGCAAUAACUUCAAAAGGGUAGCUUUACAGUUCCCCGAUGAGCUGCUAAAGGACUCCACUCGAGUUGUGGGCGCUCUACGUAAUGCGCUUUUUGGGUUAUGUUGCAAAGGAGACGAUAACGAAGUGAAGGAUAUUGGGUUGUAUGUAAUGGCUGAUACUACUUAUGGUAGCUGCUGUGUUGAUGAGGUUGGUGCAUCUCACAUUAAUGCCGACUGUGUCGUUCAUUAUGGACAUACCUGUCUAAGCCCGACAACAAAACUUCCUGCAUUCUUCGUUUUCGGGAAAGCUCCAAUAAAUGCAUCUGACUGCGCCAAACAUCUGGGCAAUUAUGCAUCGUCUAGUACGAAACCUGUAAUGGUCCUUUUUGGAUUGGAAUAUGAGCAUGCAUUAAAAGAUAUCAUAAUAGAAGCAUCAGCAUCAGCAAGAUGUAAACUGCAUUUUGCGGAUGUUAUGAGUCAAGCUAUGAUUCCAAGUCCAAGUCCAACAAAAGGUUCUGAAAAUGCAGCAACAACUUAUAGGAUCGGGGGAUUGUUUUGGAGUUUAAAUGAGGGUCACACUAUGGAUGACUACUCAUUGUUUUUUAUCGGGCCUGAUAAUUCAGCUUUUGCGAAUGUUGUACUUACCUUCAACAGUUGUGAAAUAGUCAGAUACGACGCAACAGAAAAUAAAAUGUUAACAGAUACGUCUCAACAACGAAGAAUUCUCAAGCGUAGAUACUACCUAGUUGAGAAAGCAAAAGAUGCUGAAAUUGUUGGAAUAUUGGUGGGAACACUUGGUGUUGCUGGAUAUCUAAGUAUGAUCCAUCAAAUAAAAGAGAUGAUUACAAGAGCUGGGAAGAAGGCCUACACACUUGUCAUGGGAAGACCAAAUCCUUCAAAACUUGCCAACUUUCCAGAGUGUAAUGUCUUCAUCUAUAUCUCUUGUGCGCAAACUGCUCUUUUGGAUAGUAAAGAUUUCUUGGCUCCUGUUAUUACUCCUUUUGAAGCUAUUCUCGCUUUCAACAGGGGAAGUGAGUGGACCGGAAAAUACAUAAUGGAAUUUCAGGAGUUGGCUGCGGUGGGUAUAGACAUGCCCAUGCCAAGAAAAGAAGCACGGUUUUCAUUCCUUGAAGGUGGUUACAUAGAAGAUCCUGAUUUGCAACAAGAUAUCAAUGGUGAAGAUGAAAAUGGAGUUGUUUCUUUAGUGAAUGCACAAAGUGCACUGCAGGAGCGUGGUAAGGACAUGGUUAAGGGAAGCGCAAGGUCAGGGUUAGAGUUUUUUGCUUCUCGGUCUUUUCAAGGUCUUGACAUCAAAAAUAGUAAUAAUAGUAACGGGCCAGAGCCAUUCAUAAUUGGAAGAACGGGUAAGGCCUCGGGCUAUGACAAUGAAACAACCAAAAGCUCUACCUAGAUCCAAAUCUUUUAACUGCACUGCGCAUAUUGCUUGAAUUCAAACUUUACAUUUUUUUUUAGUUUGCUUGCUUUUAUUGUUGUUGAUAUGAGCUAAAUGGGCAUUAUGUUGUAAACUUGUAAUUCAGGUUCUUAUAAACGAAAUUGGAUAUUCAUUCA